AUGCAUACAUUUUUCCCCCACUCCAUCGUUGGUCUGUGGUGCUUUGUCUUAUUAACUUUCUCUUCUGCUCCCCCUAUAGUAUUUCCGCAACCAGAUGGCCCAUUUCAAGUGAAGUAUAGGGAGUAUGAGCUUGUGGAUACAUCUCGGCUUGACCCAUUCAAUACCACCCACCUUCGACGGUUGAUGGUAUCACGGUUCGACCCGGUUCCUAGGCAAUCUUGCAGAGAAGUCUGUAAGGUGCAGUAUCUACCCACCAGGACUGCAAGAAUUCUUGAACAAAAAUUUCUUGCGACUGUCAAGUUCCCUCCUGGAUAUCUUGAAGAAGCUAAGCUGCAAGUCUGUUGUAAAUACGGCCACUUUCCUCAUGCCAAAAGUUUCCCACUUCUUGUCUUUUCACCAGGGUUCGGUGGAACGCGCCUCGGGUAUGCUGGAAUUAUACAACGGAUCGCCUCCAAAGGCUAUACAGUCGUGUCUGUGGACCAUCCAUAUGACGCACUUGCUGUUGAAUUUCCGGACGGAACAUUGAUACCAUCCCAAGACAUCCAAGAUUUCAACCGCGCUGUCAAAGUUCGCGUCGCCGAUAUGCUUUUUGUAAUUGACUCGCUGACCCGUGCCAAUUCACCUUUACACCGUCGUCAACCCGUUGGAAUUUUCGGACACUCCCUGGGUGGGAAUACCGCCGCGGGGGUAAUGUACAAAGAUCCGAAUAUCGCCGGCGGAGUUAACCUGGAUGGAGGCAUUUAUGAUGACGAAUCUAUAAGAGGGUUUGGCUCCAACAAGACCCGACAGUCGUUUCUUCUCUGGGGCGCUAUUGGACAUAACCAGACCAAUGAUAAAAGCUGGACGGAUUUCUGGAUAGCCAUGAAUACACCCCCACACGAUGCUGUGUGGAAGAAAGAGCUAUCGUUAACCAAGACAGUGCAUCUCACCUUUUCGGAUAUACCGGAGAUUGUAGAUUUGGGAAAACUAAGGGAUAAGGUUGGAGAUGUGUUUGGGGCUAUUGAGGGAGAGCGAAACGCCCAAAUUCUGGGGGCAUACAUUUCCGCAUUUUUCGAUUUUUCUUUGCUUGGGAAACCGGAAGGGCUGUUGAAAGGACCCAGCGAUAUGUAUCCUGAGGUGUUGUUUCUCUAG